GGAAAAACUGCAACAAACGGGAUAAGGAUUAUUUAAUUUGCAUGAAUUCAGUCUGGAGUAAACAUUUUUGAUAAUUGUCUUGAGCAAGAAAAAAAGUUGGAACCAUGGAUAUCGGAGGCUUGGAGACGGUGGUGGCCAAUUCGGCUUAUGUCUCAGCCCGUGGCAGCGUGGAUGGGGCAGCUGCAGCCACCAUGAGAGACAAAAAGAUGCGUGCCAGGCUCAAACUCCCCCACAUCAGAGAUUGUGAGCACAUGAAAACCAAAGUAGACAGCACUUUUGACAGCAUGUGUGUCAAACAGCCAAUAGGCAAACGCCUGUUUCAGCAAUAUCUGGACACCGACGCCACACACAAGAAUGCUGGGCAGCUGUGGAAAGACAUUGAAGACUAUGUGGUUUGUCAGGAAAAGGACAGACUGCAGAAGGCCCAGAAAAUUGUUAAUAAAUAUUAUGAGUCCAAGUCCAAGACCUUUUGCAGUUUCCUGGAGGAGAAGGCUGUGACUCGAGUGAAAGAAGAUCACAAGAACCUGCAUGGAGACCUGUUUAAAGAGAGCCAGCAGCAGCUGCUCAAACAUCUGGAGAAGAAUGCUGUGGCAGGAUUCAAGAACAGCAUGUACUUCCUGCGUUAUGUUCAGUUCAAGUGGCUAGAAGGCCAGCCUGUCAAUGAGGAGUGGUUCAUGGACUUCAGAGUGCUGGGAAAAGGAGGAUUUGGAGAGGUGUUUGCCUGUCAAGCAAAAGCAACAGGCAAGAUGUAUGCAAACAAAAAGCUGGACAAAAAGCGCCUGAAGAAGCGCAAGGGCUAUGAUGGUGCGAUGGUGGAGAAGAGAAUCCUUGCUAAAGUUCACAGUCGCUUCAUAGUGACUCUGGCUUAUGCCUUCCAGACCAAGUCUGAGCUCUGCUUAGUGAUGACCAUCAUGAAUGGAGGUGAUCUCAGAUAUCACAUGUACAAUGUUGAUGAGAAAAACCCUGGCUUCAAUGAGAAGAGGGCCUGUUACUACACCUGUCAGAUCAUCUGUGGACUGGAGCACCUGCACCAACACCGCAUCGUCUACAGAGACCUCAAGCCUGAGAACGUUUUACUCGACGAUGCAGGGCACGUGCGUCUGUCUGAUCUGGGUCUGGCUGUUGAACUUCCUCCAGGAAAAGACACAACUAGUGGAUAUGCAGGAACCCCUGGCUUUAUGGCUCCAGAGCUGCUCCAGAAGAAGCAGUAUGACUACUGCGUGGACUACUUCACUCUGGGAGUCACUCUAUAUGAAAUGAUCGCUGCCAAAGGGCCCUUCAGAAUAAGAGGAGAAAAAGUUGAAAAUGAAGAAGUGGCUCGCAGAAUCAUUAAUGAUCCUGUUAAUUACACUCCAGCUUUCAGCAAAGAUUGUAAAGACCUUUGUGAAGGUUUAAUGAUGAAAGAUGCUGCAAAGCGACUUGGGUUCAAAAAUAAUGAGUGUGCCGAGCUCAAGAGUCAGCCCUUCUUUAAGGACAUAAACUGGGGUCGUCUGGAAGCAGGCAUGCUUCCUCCACCAUUUGUUCCUGACCCGAGAAUGGUCUAUGCCAAAAAUAUCGAUGAUGUGGGGGCCUUCAGCUCCAUCAAAGGCAUCGUUAUGGAUAACAAGGACAAUGACUUCUUCACUGAAUUUGCUUCAGGGAACAUCCCCAUCCCCUGGCAGGAAGAAAUGAUUGAGACGGGUAUAUUUGGAGAGCUAAACAUCUGGGGAGAGAACGGAAAACUGCCCAACGACCUUGACCCAAACUAUGUAGAAGCAAAAGGAGGCGGGUGUGUAAUGUUCUGA